UUUGAGCACCUAAUCACUUCACUCCACAGAUAUUAGUUUUUUUUUUUGGUUGCUUGUUUUACGGUUCUUUCUUCAACCUCUAGACCAUAUGGAGUGGACAAGUACAAUUCUUGCAAUCGCUGCACUUAUCAUCUUCUUCUUCCAAGCCUUGACAUGGAAAAGAAGGUAUAAAAACAAGAGAUUACCACCUGGUCCGAGAGGGCUACCGAUUCUUGGAAACCUUCUGAUGAUAGGGACCAAACCGCACCAAUAUUUUCAACGAUUAGCCCUCCAGUAUGGCCCCAUCAUGCACUUACGCCUCGGCUUGAUGCCCACAAUCGUCGUCUCGUCCCCGGAAGCUGCCGAGCUGUUCCUCAAGACGAAUGACCUUGUUUUUGCUAGCAGGCCGCCUCAAGAGGCCUCCAAGUAUAUUAGUUACAAUCAACAGGGCUUGAUCUUCGCCCCAUACGGCUCGUACUGGCGCAUCACGCGCAAGAUGUGCACCUUGGAGUUACUUAGUAACCACAAAAUUAGUACGUUCAGAUCCAUGAGGAAACAAGAACUUGAUCUUCUAGUCCAACGUAUCCGAGAGGCUGCAAAUUCUGGUGUUGCUGUUGAUCUCACUUCCAUGGUGUCAUCUUUUAGUACCGAUGUCGCCUGUAGAAUGAUCAUCGGAAAGAAAUAUAAUCGCGACGAUUUCAGUGAAAAAGGGUUCGAAGCUACAGUCCGAGAGACUAUGAAAAUAUCAUCCACCUUCAAUUUAGCCGAUUACAUACCUCAAAUUCGGGGACUUGAUCUUCAAGGGCUAACAAAGCGCAUGAAAGCAAUUGCCAAGGAUUUCGACGACUUCUUUGAGAAGAUACUUGAAGAACAUGUUCAAUCCGAAUAUGAAAACAGAACCAAGGACUUCGUUGAUGUCAUGCUGGGAUUCAUGGGAUCUGAAGAUACCGAGUACCGCGUAGAACGAGACACUAUCAAAGCAAUCAUCUUGGACAUGCUUGCAGCUUCAAUGGAUACAUCGGCGGCUACGAUCGAUUGGACAGUGGCGGAACUCAUGAGACAUCCGCAUGUGACAAAGAAACUCCAACAGGAACUCGAAGAAGUGGUAGGCACGAAUCGGAUGGUCGAAGAAUCCGACCUGGAGAAAUUGGAGUACUUGGACAUGGUCAUAAAAGAAAGCUUAAGGCUUCAUCCAGUAGCGCUAUUGAUUGUCCAUGCAGCUAGGGAAGAUUGCACGGUGAACGGCUUUCACAUCCCAAAAGACGCUCGCGUCUUUAUAAACGCAUGGGCAAUAGGUCGGGACCAAAGGGCUUGGACCGAUGCGGACAAGUUUCAUCCGGAAAGAUUCGUCGGAAGCGACAUCGAUGUUCGAGGACAAAACUUCGAGCUGAUACCAUUUGGUUCCGGUCGUAGAAUCUGCCCUGGAAUGCAGUUGGGUCUCACCAUCGUUCGGCUUGUGGUGGCACAAUUGGUUCAUUGCUUCGAUUGGAAACUUCCAAACAAUAUGCAGGUAACUGAGUUGGACAUGACGGAGGAGUUCGGCAUCGUUUGUCCUAGAGCCGACCAUCUUCUAGCCAUACCAGCAUGGCGCCUAAAUACAUGACAUGUUAAUGUCUUUCUAAUAUAACUCAUUUAGUUCUUGAAUUA